UCCCUACACCAACAUCCUCAGUUCCUCCUUUCAUUGAUCUCUCUAACACAAAAAAACUAUGAAGCUUUCAAAGGUUUUCUUGAUUCUUGUCGUUGUCCUCGCUCUGGUCCUCAGCAUUGCUGCAUUACCACAAGAGCAAGAAGCUGCUGCUGCUGCUGAUGAUGAUGGUGAUGUGGGUUAUGAGUUGACUGAACUGUCUGACGAAACAGCCGACUUUAGUUCUGAACGUGGAUUCGGUCGCAUUCUUGCUCAAAAGAAAAGAAAAUCUCGUCGUAUUACAUGCAACAAGUUUCCUAGAAUUUGUCGAUCCAAGGGAAGUCCAGGGCCUUUUUGCUGUAAGAAGAAGUGUGUAAAUGUUUUGACAGAUCGGUUCAACUGUGGAGCUUGUGGGAAGAAAUGCAAGUAUAACCAAAUUUGCUGCAAUGGCAAGUGUGUGAACCCAACUUUCAAUAGGAAACACUGUGGGGGUUGCAAUAAUAGGUGUAAAAAUGGAGGCUUUUGUGCUUUUGGUCUUUGCAAUUAUGCAUAGGAAUUUUCAAGUAAAAGAGAAAAUUAGAAAUAUUAUUUAUUUUUUAUAUUCAGAAUUUGUAGAACAAAAAAGAAUUAAGGUUUCCCACCAUUUGGUUUUUCCAA